AUGCAUCGCAAAAAGCCGUUCUCAUCAAAGCAGAAGAAAGAGCAGAUUCAGCUCAAGCGCGCCGUCAAACGCGGCGAUGUCUCUCCUCCGCCCAAGCUCGACCGCCAUGGCCGCAAAAGUAAGAAGGCUUCCCUUGGCCCUGGGACAUCCAGCGCGGAGCCGUCCAGCACCGUAGCACCUGCUCGUCUUCAGUCAUCUUUCAUCAAACUCCCUGCCAAAUUCCUAGAGGAGACGCGCGUUCUCGCAGCCAAGCUGCCGCUCAUACGACCCAUCUCUCCUGAAGCAGCCAUUUUGUCCGAUGCCGGCGAGCACGCAGCACCGCGCUCAAGAUUGGCACCACAGGCCGCUGAUGCUGAUGGACAGAUCGAGAUGAAUUUGACUUGUCCUAGUCGGCCAAAGUGGAGAUACGACAUGAGCAAGAGGGAGGUCGAGGCCAACGAGGAGGGGCUCUUUAGGAAGUGGCUUGCACAGACCGACGCCGCCGUCAAUGCAUGGUGCAGCCCAGUCUCGGAGGCGGAGCCCGCGGACAAUAUUGCCGAGAAAGGGAAGAACGUCGAGUCCACGCCCGAACUCGAAAUGCCGCACGCCCCGACCUCCUUCGAGCGCAAUCUCGAAGUCUGGCGCCAACUCUGGCGCGUCACUGAGAUCUCCCAAGUUAUCCUCGUUCUCCUCGACUCCCGCUGCCCGAUCCUGCACUACCCACCCUCCCUUGCUGCCUAUCUCUCUUCGCGCACCCAUGUCAACCGGACGCGGACGAUCCUCGUCCUCACGAAGGUCGACAUAUCGGGUCCUACGCGAGCGGAGGCGUGGACGCGCUACUUAAAUGCGCGCUAUCCCGGCAUGCGCAUCGUGCAGGUCGAAUCGUACACUGAGAAGGAAGGUGCCGGUGCGACGGGCAGAAGAACCGCCUACGAACCUCGUCUUCCAACCGGCUUUCGCAGAACCUUAGUGGACGCCCUGCGCGAGACGCAUGAGGAAUUGCUCGAGCCACCCGCGCAUGUAAAGAGCCAACCGGAGAAACUACAGCGCUGGAAACCUCGUGCUCCGAGAGAAAUUGACUGGGACGCUGUCCUGAGAGCGGAAGGAGGGCAGGUCGGAAGCGUAGUGGGUGGAGCCGCUGAACCUCGUGUGCGUCAACACGCUGAGGAUACUUCCGAGAUCGGAGGCGAGGAAGAAUUUGAAGAAGAAGAAGAGGAAGGCGAACCACAGUUCCUAACAAUCGGUGUCAUCGGCCAGCCAAACGUAGGCAAGUCCUCAUUGUUGAACGCGCUCUUCGGAACGCACAAGGUGAAGGCAUCACGGACGCCGGGUAAGACUAAACACUUCCAGACGCUCUUCUGGACACAUGACGUGCGUCUGGUGGACUGUCCCGGGCUCGUCAUGCCAAAUUAUGUGCCGAUGGAAAUGCAGGUCCUCAGUGGCAUCCUCCCCAUCUCCCGGGUCUCCGCCAUUCCGCUCUGCAUCUACCACGCGGCGCAGCUCCUACCACUCGAGCGCAUCUACGGCCUCACGAACCUUGAGCUUGCCACCCCGCCGCCAGAGGACAAGCGCACAUGGCGAGAGGGCAUGCGUCCGCGGGACGCGGAGGCCCAAAGAACCGCAGUGUGGACGGCAAUGGACGUGCUCACGGCGUAUGCACUCAAGAAAAGCUGGAUGACUGCGAGGACUGGGAGGCCGGACGUGAGCCGGGCGGGAAACGCGAUACUGCGCGCACUUGCAGAAGGAAAGAUCCGAUGGGCCUUCUGGCCUCCGGGUACGGAUCCGCAGACCAUUCAAAACUCGCAGGGCGAUGGCGGCCUGGGUAUAUGGAUCCCCCACCGAGACGAUGGCGCACUAGAGUCUGGCGACGAGCACACAGCCGAGUCGGAUAUCGACGAAGCACGCGACGACGAGCAGGCAGAAGCCGCUAGCGAGAUUGAGGAAGAGGACGAAGGACUCGGCAAGACGAGCCUUAGCGGCGCUGCGGGUCGUUUCAGUGCGCUCGUGCAGGAUGACGAUGAGGACAGUACUAGUAGUGCCGAAAGCGACUAA